UAAAUGUUUCAUAACAAUUUUGGAAUUGCAACGUCCGUAAAUGUGACAUUUUCACGACACUGAAGAUUGUUUUUCUGCGACUUUGUACUUAUUGACGGUCCACAACAUAUUAUUGACCGCUGACAGGGCCGUAGCCAGGGUGAAUGGACAACCGAGGCAAGCGGCCGCCGAUGGCGAUKGCGGGAAAAACUAGGGGGGUCUGGGGGCAUUCUCCCCCUAGAAAAUUUGAAAUUCAGUCUCUCRGAAAUGCAAGUUGYAGCGUUUUGUGGGCCUUUUGGUAACUCUUUAUUGAACAGAUUUAACCGGAAUUCAUCAUGCAAUAUUUAUGAAACAAAGAAGCUACACGUACAAAAAUAACAUUAUUUUUAUAUUUUUUGCACAAAAUCAGUCGUGYGAAAUCGGCUMUGAGAGGCUAAGAUAAUAUUAGUGAUGAARAACAAAMAKCAUYRGCAAAMUYUUACCGAGGCGAGUGCCUCGGUUGGCCUCUUACUAGCUACGGCCCUGCCGCUGGUGGACAGUUGCCGGGAAACAGUAAAAUUUUGUGACUUUCACGUGGUACACUCUCGACCAAUAAGAUACUAGGAAAAGUGAACUUUGACACUUGAUAUAUAAUAAAGUGUAAUACUGCAAAAUAAAGAGCAAUAAAGUGUAGUACACKUAAGUGCAUUUUACUGUUUGAGAAAACCAUUCUAUGAACACCACUCUCUUAUUUAUUAUCAAGUGACAAUCAAGGUUAAAAAUCUCUUGUUUUGUCAUCCAGAUGAAGCUUUUUUGACGUCAAAAAUAUUAAGCGCAAUCGAUAUUGCAUUUGGUCUUGCGAUAUCUAUAUCAAGAAAGACUCGUUUUUGGACAAUAUGGUAAUUGAUUGGAUGCAAUUGACGUAAUAACUAUAAGACAAUAUUAUCCUAAAGCAUGGAACUAUUUGUUUUUCGGAACAUACAGUUUCAACAUAAUGCCUUCAAUUGAACUACUCAAUUAUUAAACUAGGUACAAAUCACUUAGAAACUAUUUGAUGGCAUUUCAUUGAGACAGUACGCGCACUCUUAUUACUAUCACUGUAAAUUCCCAUUUGUAUAAAUAGUAAUUCAACAUCCUCUUCACUGCGCCUGUCAAGCCUUUUGAAGUGAGGAUUAGACAAGCAGUCCUUAUUGACAUUCCUCGGAUGCUUUUAUCUCCAAGCUGAUUUUUUACUUCCGUGUCAAACAAGGUCCAGRCGAUCAAAUUUAACUUCGUAAGCGGCGAAGCUGUAGCUAAAUGAUGUUUUGCCUUCUUUUAUGUAUUUUUCUAGGCCUUGGCGCUUUAACUGUUAAAGGGUGUCAUACUAAUCUAAAAGGAGAAAGUGGGAAGUUCUCAAUUGAUAAAACCCAUAAUGGGUACAGAUCAAACUGUUCAUGGACAAUCGGCAAAGGCGUAAAUAAUAUCGACUUCAUAGUCAUUAAAUUCACGCCGUUUGACCUGGGAUGGCGUUGCAUUAACUUUGGUCAGAGUUACGUUGAAGUCGCCGAUGUAAAUUACGAGGCUAAAGUAAGAGAAUGUGGUGGAAAGCGUCCAUUUCAAGUUCUGAUCAAGAAUCGACCAGCAGUAGUCAGAUACUACACAUGUUGUUACGCGAAAGCAUUUUUCGACGUCUCUUUCUACAUCAUUUCGCAAAAAUUCUCAGGCUUGAGUGCAAAGACCUUGAAACCUGCUUUAAAACAAACCAAACCCGGUGUAAUUACCAUUGAUUGGGAUCCUUUGAAAGGUUCAAAUGCAGAUGCGUGGAAACCUGUUUUGAAACAGCAAAAACCUGUGCCAUCAAAGAACUAUAUUGUUGUACCGUUGUAUAACUUUACUUCGAAAAGGGAGCCCUUCUUGUACAUCAUUGAGAGUAGAAAUGAUACAUCGAUAGCAGUGGAAAACCUUAAACCUGCUACUUCAUACACGUUUAAAUUCAUUGCUUUCGAUUCUACAAACACAAGAGGACCCUUAAUUGUAAGCAGUACAGCAACUGUCCUAACCAGAAACGGCACGCUAAGGCUUAUGGGUGGACAACUUUCCAACCAGGGAAGAGUAGAAAUAUACAAAUAUGGUUGGUGGAAAAAAAUAUGCACUUGGAACCAUAAUUUGAAUAACAAUGCAGCUAGUGUGGUGUGCCGAUCACUGGGUCUAAGCCAUCCCACUUAUGUACUUAAUUACAGAGCAUUUUAUGGGACGUCAUUUCCAAUGCAUUUUGUUGAAGAUUUUCGUUGUACAGGAACAGAAACCAGUCUCGAAGAAUGUUCAAGUACUGAUCCAUCAUCAAGAUGUCCUUACUACUUACGGACGGCUGCUGUGGCAUGUGGUUAUCCACCAGUUUUCCAUCGAAAUAUUAGUGAAAUGAGUGGUGCUAUCACAAGUCCUGGAUAUCCAUGGUUCAUGAUGCAAACAGACUAUCGUUGGACAUUCACACAAAACAUGACACGUGGCCGUGUUGCUUUAUAUUUUGAGGAGCUGGAUUUAAGGCGAUAUGGGGGGUCCAGUAGAGUUACAAUCCAAGAAUCAUCAUCAUUAUCGUUCAGCAAAACGUAUACCAGUGAAUAUCGUGGCAAACCUGGGAUGGUGAUCAAUUUACCAGGCCAACUUAGAUUCUAUUCACCGUAUACCUCAAAUCGUGAUAACCGUGAUGGUCGAGGGAUGCGAGUUCGAUUUCUUGUUUACAAUGAGCCUGAAGGAGAAGUACCUACGUUAAAUAAUUGGAAACUAUCAUUAUCAAGCAACCAUUAUACCAGAAUUACUGCUAAUUGGACUCAAGUCGUCUUCACAGGCUACGGUAUAAUCGGCUUUGUGAUGUCCUGCAAUUCUUCACAAGAUUGGGCAAAAGAAGUAUCAUAUGCAGUUGGAGAGGGCAAUUCAACAUCUUUAAACUGUAGUGAACUGAUUGGAUAUACUCAAUAUAAUGUACACGUGUUAGUGCAGCUAAGAAUGCAAGGGAAAGACAUCUAUAAGAUAUACCAGAGCUUAGUGGCGUCCUUAACAACUCCACAGUCGUUUCCAAGGUCUAGACCGCCAGGACUUACUUCCACUGAGAUCACAUUAAAUACUGCAAUUAUUCAGUGGCAACAAAUCCCGAGAAAAGAUGCCCAUGGUGUUCUUCUGGGGUAUAUAGUAGAUCUCUACAGUUAUUACAGUGACAGAUAUAGGGGAGAAAUAAAAACAAAUAACACGUCUAUAGCCUUCACGGAUCUUUCCCCUGCUACCGAAUACUAUGUGAGAGUUAAAGGCUACACUGCAGUUGGAUCAGGACCAAACAACUAUUACAUCUUCUAUACAAGCUCGAUAUUUUGUCGUUUUUAAUUAGCUUCCUCCGCAGGGAAACAUUUUUGCUCUUUUGGGAUUCCUCUGGUAUCUCCUUGGCCUAGCAGGGGCCUUGGGGCCCAACCUUUCUGCCGGGUCACAGAAAGACAGGAAACCCAAGAGUAGAAAGAAG